CCCAGACCCUGCAUUCACUAUAUCUGGUCUCCCCGGACCCUGCAUUCACUAUAUCUGGUCUCCCCGGACCCUGCAUUCACUAUGUCUGGUCUCCCCGGACCCUGCAUUCACUAUAUCUGGUCUCCCCGGACCCUGCAUUCACUAUAUCUGGUCUCCCCCGGACCCUGCAUUCACUAUGUCUGGUCUCCCCGGACCCUGCAUUCACUAUAUCUGGUCUCCCAGGACCCUGCAUUCACUAUAUCUGGUUUCCCAGGACCCUGCAUUCACUAUAUCUGGUCUCCCAGGACCCUGCAUUCACUAUAUCUGGUCUCCCAGGACCCUGCAUUCACUAUAUCUGGUCUCCCAGGACCCUACAUUCACUAUGUCUGGUCUCCCAGGACCCUACAUUCACUAUGACUCUGCAUUCACUAUAUCUGGUCUCCCAGGACCCUGCAUUCACUAUAUCUGGUCUCCCAGGACCCUGCAUUCACUAUAUCUG